UCAGUUACCUGCUCACAUACAUUCAGCGGGCUUACACUUUGGAAAAUUCUAAAUUAUGCAUGUGACUUAGGCCAUUCGUAGUUGUGACCAAGGCUAGCUUGGAAACCGUGUGUACCUAUGCUAAUUUAUUACGUGUAUAUGUUUUGCUGUCCUCAUCCUAAAUUGAGUGGCACGAAUAAUCGAAAAUCAACGAGUAUGCAAGCUAAGUAAACUGCAAGAAGUACACUAACUGGCACAUGAUGGGCAACAGCUGCAGAAUGUAAGCCCUAAUUAAAGCCAUAAUCGGGAAAAGUGUGCAACUCUUUGCGGGUGAAUAUAAGUUAGGAAGCAAUCACUGAAUGAAGUCGGCAAGCUUCGUUCCGUGAUUACGCUUCAUUACAAAAUUGACAUACCCUGAAUAAAUGGGUUUUUCUUCGGGGUGCCCAAACGAAAUCAACACAGUCAAAGGGACACGCACUGUCCAGAGCUAUCGUCUGUUCAGCGAUCACUGCGGCUGACGCUACUUGGAUAAGCCUAUUACAGCCUCCGUGGAAUCGAAGUUGUUUCAACUUUUCAACUAUUUCUCAAAAGCGUUUAAGGCAGUGGUCAUUGCUUCACCUCAGUCGUUAGCUUUGGUCAGCGCCGUUAACAACGGUAGAAGUGCGGCUUAUUCAAGUCAAAAUGAUGUCGCUAGAUCAAUAUGAGCAACAGACGUCCGAGCCAAUGCCGAGAGCCUUAUCCUACGCGUCCUUUAACCCUGCAGUACCCCAAAAUCCUAUCAGUCAACUUACGAAAACUGAACAGGAGACACCGAUGUUUAAGAAAUUAAAAAUUGAAUUCAACCCGAGGGAAUCCUUAACUCAUCUGGUAGCCUGCAAUGAGACUAUUGUUAUGGGAAUGAUCGACAAGAGCCUGCUUCGGGUUUGCUUAAAAAACCCCAAAGAGCCUGAAGAGCUAUCUCUGUCGUCACAAUUGCCGGGUUCCUUUACGUCGUAUCGCAUGCAUCACGUGUUCCUCGAUCCCUUUGGCAACCAUCUGCUAGUCUCAAUCAUGCUGCAGAACAACACGGAUCAAGGAGAGAACUUCUACAUUUACUUAGGAGGGCCCAAUGGAAGCAAGAGGAUCAUUCACAAGAUCCUUCGAAAUCAUGUGCUAACGGCUGUAGCAUUCAACCCAGAUAACCGACAGAGCAUUUCGACAGGCCCAAUCCUUCUAGCAACAUCAAAAGGGCUUAUCUUUGAAGCAGAGUUCGGUGCUUCGACAGACGGUGACUGGAAAUUCACUUCGAAAUCUAACUCAUCAGAGAAAUACUGUAAAGAGAUUUAUCGAUUAAAGGAUGAGGCCUCCGUUAGCGGCCUCCAUUUGGAGUUAGUAUCAAACCCUGCAGAAAGUCAGCCUCAGGCAGUAGUUUAUGUAUCAACGAUGCGGUGCUUAUAUACCUUCUUCGGACCAACUGUAACAACGGUUGAACCUCAACCGGUGUUCGGAACCAUCUUCACAUCGUCGCAAUCGUGGGCCUACAACAACAGUCGCGAACUGCCUAACCAGUCAAAAAAGCAAAGUAUCCUCCAUGUGCUCAAACCAAAGGGAAUGGAGCACCCAACACACGUUGCGUGUCUAUUUGGUUCAGUUGGUGUUUACCACGGAGACCUAGGCGUAUCAACGGAGUCAUUAGGUGCAAUUGAUAAUAACCCCUGGCUGCGGUUUUGUGAAGAGCCCCGGAUACUGGGGUUUGACCCGCCACCUCAAUCUGAAAUCACGGAGAGAGGACAGCCGGUAUCGAUGGCUUUGUCCAAAUACCACAUACUUAUUCUCUUCGGAGAUAAACUAAAAGUUUUCUCUCAGCUGGAUCACUCGCUGGUGAUGGAGGACCCGUUUCCACAAGGAGGCAUGCUGGGACUUGCCAGAGAUCCAAUCAGCGGAUCUACCUGGGCAUUCUCAAACACGGUUGUCUUUAAGUACAAGGUGUAUGAGGAAGACCGCUACAUGUGGCGAGUGCUGUUGGCCAAAAAGAAAUAUGAGGAAGCAAUGCUAUUUUGCAAGAACGACCCUAUUAAGCUAAACAAAGUUCGUCUUCGACAAGCCCAGGACUUGUUUAGACAGGGACAGUUUGACGAAUCGGCGCUGAAAUUCAGUGAUACAUUUGCGUCGUUCGAAGAGGUAUCGCUACGCUUCCUAGAAGUGGACCAAGAUUCAGCUUUGCGUAUUCUCCUGAAGCAGAAGCUAAAUAGUCUUACAAACUUGAUAAAGACAGACCUAUCAAAAAAGACACAGCUGACCAUGGUUGCCACUUGGUUGAUUCAGCUGUAUCUUAACAGAUUAGGUCAUCUGAAACAUCAAGCUUUAAAGAAAGAUGCUGAGUGUCCUCCAAGCGUCAAAGCCGAACUGGCAACUCUGGACGAAGAACUAAGGAAUAUGCUGAGUACCGGAAGUGUUUGCGAAGUUAUAAAGCAUAACCAGCAAGCCUUCUAUAAGCUCAUCGCGAACCACGGAGAUGAGGAGCUGUUGUUAGAGUUUUCAGAAAUGAUGAAGGAUUAUGUGCGGGUCAUACAGCAGCACAUACAAAACAAACGUUAUGAGAAGGCCUUAAUGGUUUUACGAAACCAAAGGAGUGCCGAACUCUAUUAUCGAUUUUCCCCUGAAUUGAUGUCACGGCUUCCGGAACAGCUGGUUAACUGUUGGAUAGCAGAAUCCGACAAUCUAGAUCCCGUCAAACUAAUUCCAGCUUUAGUGCAGUUGACGUCGGUAAAGCCUAGCAACGACAUCGCCAACGAAGAGGUUGGUCCAUACGGCGAUAGCUCGGACAGUCCAAGCGACACGUUCCAGCUACGAGCACCCCACAUUUUGCAAUCUAUUCGAUACCUAGAACACUGUGUUGACAAAGGAUACGAAGAAGAUGAGGCAAUUCACAACUACUUGAUCGCAUUGUACGCCCGGCUGGGCGAUAAGGAAAAGCUCCAACACUAUCUUACCAGCCAGGGAGAUAAGCUGUCCGACGUGCGGUACGAUGCAAAGUUCGCGUUGCGCAUGUUUUCUGAACUCAAAUUACACAAAGCCUCGCUACAUGUCUAUGAGGUUAUGGGUCUAUAUAGCGAAGCGUUGGACCUUGCGCUGCAGGAGCUGCAGGACGUAUCUUUAGCGCAGAGUAUUGCCAACAAGCCUGUCGACGAUGAGGAACGUAAAAAACUUUGGUUAGUCAUCGCGGCACAUGUUAUUCGUAAAGGCGAGGAUGUAGGCAAAGCAAUGGAGCUUUUGGCUAGUUGUGAGCUUCUUCGAAUCGAGGACGUGUUGCCAUUUUUCCCAGAGUUCGUUUGUAUUGACCAUUUCAAGGAAGCGAUUUGCAACUCAUUACAGUCGUAUAAGGGUCAAAUUAGCACCCUGCGCGAUUCGAUGACGGAUUCAACAAACGCAACAGAUCAAAUACGGACAGAGAUCGUUGAAGUACGUAACCGGUGUUACGUAGUCGAUUGUGGCCACCAAUGUGAUGCGUGUGGAUUUGCAUUGCUCAGCCAAGCGUUUUUUGUUUUCCCGUGUCUGCAUCGUUUUCACGCACAGUGCCUUGAAGAAGCAAUCAAAGAAAUGCCACUUCCGCCCAACUUCCAAUCGCAGAACAGUAAUGCUUUAGAAUCGUACCGUGACACUGCCCCCGGAGGUUCACAGCGUGGAAAAACAACAGAUACUGCAUCUCGCGGAUCAUCACAAGGUCCUCCUGUAGGUGCCGCAGCAACGAAGACCAGCAUUGAAGAUUUAUGCGCCCAAGAGUGCCUGUACUGUGGAGAACUCAUUGCAGAAUCAACUAGCGUACCGUUCUUCAGUCCCGAGGAGUACGAACAACUUCACAAGCAAUGGCUGUGAGAAAAAGCUGAUUGACACGCCUCUUUGAAAUUUUUCCGCACGGUCCAAGUGGCCGGUCAGAAACCAACUGUUCCGUCAAUGCACAUGUCUGUCAAGAUACUUCACUCUGAUCUAACUACUCUUAUUAUGUAGUCCUCCGGUCGACUAAAUUGUGUUGCAAGCAAGUGUACAUCAGCGCACUAUACGCAGUCUAAAAACUAUUAUAUGUGACCUAAGUGUUAUUAAUUAUUUUUUGCUUAGAUUGGGGUAUAUUUGUACAUAAAUUUAUCGUCAUUAUGCGCAUGACAAAGCAAUCUUUUAUGACAAUUUUAAAUCUAAAUUAGAAGCAAUAAACUGUAGUCUGUUACUUGUUUUGCUGCAUCUUCCAAAGGAUACGCCUGACGUUGUAUGAAUUAAUAUUAGCAAUGUACUUAAUAAAACCAAAUAUCACUUAAAGCCUAAA